AUGAAGGCCUCUUUCGCCCUUGCUCUUGCCGGCUCCAUCCUGGCCGUGGCCAGCCCAAUCAACAAGCGUGUCUUGCACACUGAGGUCGUCACCGACCUGGUGUACGUUACCGUGACCGUCGACCCGCCGACCACCAAGCCGACUACGCACCACACCACCCACGCUAAGCCGAAGGUGACUUCUGUCAAGACGACCUCUAUCAAGACGACUUCGACGACUCCUCCCCCUCCUCCGCCCCCGCCUACCACGACGUCGACCCCUCCCCCGCCGCCGCCGCCACCCACGACAUCGUCCACGCCCCAGGUGUUGACGAUCACCGUCACACCUGGCCAGGAGUCUCCGAGCCCGAGCCCUGCUGCCGCCAGCGUUGCGGCUGUCCAACCUGCUGCGGCCCAGGCUCCUGCUGAGGUCGUGAGCUCGUCUCCUGCCGCUGCCUCCACCCCGGCUGCUUCCGGCUCGAACUCGAACUCGCAGCCGUCUGACUUUGGCAGCACUGCCGUCUAUCACCACAACCUGCACCGUUCGAACCACUCUGCCCCGGCUGUGAGCUGGAAUAGCGACCUGGCCAGCUAUGCCGCCACCGUUGCCGCUUCUUGCGUGUUCGCCCAUGACUUGUCCCCCGGUUCUUCCACUGGCUCGUACGGCCAGAACAUUGCUGUUUACGGUGCCUCAGGCGAUGUCUCCAGCAUCGACUCCUCCAAGGUCGUCGCCCAGGCUAUUACCGACAUGUGGUACAACGGUGAGGUCUCGCAGUUCCCUGCCGACGGCUACGGUGAAAGCAACCCCGACAUGUCCAACUUUGAGGCCUGGGGUCACUUCUCCCAGGUUGUCUGGGUCGAGACCACCGAGAUCGGCUGCGCUUCGCAGUACUGCCCUGCCGGCACCAUCUACAGCGGCAUGGCCUCGUGGUUCACCGUCUGCGACUACCGCGCCGAGGGUAACAUGGGCGGUGCUUACGGCAAGAAUGUGCUGCCUUCCUUGGGCGAGGCCACCGUCACGGCUUAA